GCAUCGCCUAAAGCAAAGGCCAAAGUGAAAGCUAAGGCCUGUGCUUCAGGAUCCAAGGGCAGUGCGUGUGCAAAAGCGAAGGCAAAGGCCAAGGCAAAGGCCAAGGUGGCCAAGGGCUCAACCAAGGUGGCCAAGGGCUCAAAAAAGAAGUCCAAGAAGGCAGAGAAAGAAUGGGAAGAAGAGAUGCUUGCGGAGGAAGAGGUGAAACAGGAAGAAUCUGAGGUUGCUGAGCCGGUCAAGCCUCGCAGGAAGAGGUUGCGCAAGAUGCAGCCAGAGCCACCAGCAGCUGAAGGUGCCGCCGCUCUUGCAGAACCAGUGGAGCCUCAGAUUGCAGAGCCGAAUACUCCGAAUGAGUCAGAUUCCUUGGCUACAUUGCUAAAAGGACAAGAACAAAUGGUUGCGCAGACUUUUGCACAGACGGCCAAGACCUUCUUGGAGUCGCAAGACCCGACUGAGAGUGAGCUCUUUGCUUCGUUGGGUGGGAGUGCAAGUGAAGUCUUCACGCAGAACCUGGCCACAGAGUUGGUGAAGGCUUUGUUGAAUGGGCAACAUAUUGAGGCCAAAGUGGCUCCUUCAACAGCUUCUGUGCAGGCCACGCAGGCACCUCCCGCUGUUGCACCUGAAGCUCCGGCUCCUCCGCUUGCGCCUGAAGCUCCGGACAAAGUGGAUGAGGAAAUGCAUUCAAGUCUGGAGCUUCCAGCGGCACCUUCAGCUCCUGAGCUUGCUGCAGAAACACAUGUUGCAGAGGUUUCAGACACACAUUUGGAUGACACUGGGAGACCACCGGCAAGUCCAAAGCCAGCUGAACCUGUUCAUGAAGAACAUGAUCAGCCAGCUGAACAUGAUCAGCCACCUGCUCUGCCAGCUGAACCUGUUCAUCAGCCCACGCAAGGAAGGUGCCAGAAGGUCCUUGACAACCUGAGUGGCUUGGGGCAUCUUUGUGGCGAGGUUGGAGACUGCGAUCCAGAUGCUGACACUGUUCCUGGUGAGAUGUUGACCAAGGAGGACCUCAAAGAGAUGGAUGAAGGCAAGGUCGCUGCCAAAUGCGAGAUGCACCUCAAGAUUACCAAGGAGACCGAAGACUCCUAUGAUUCUGAGGAGCAACUCCUGACAAUGGAAGGGAUGAAGAGAGCAGGAAUCAGCGAGCGGAAGAUUGCAGCCGUGAUGUCGACACAGCAACCUGUGCUGGACAAGGAUCACCCUGAAAUCCUCGAAGAGGCGCGCUGGUGGGUGAAUGUCCACGUCAAAAGGAAUGUCAAGGAGCGGAGCAAAGUGAAAAUGGUUGGCACCAGCCGGAUCGCUGCUGACUCUCAAGCGAUCAAUGGGUUGACUUCUGGAUUUGCAAGCCGGCACCAAACCAAUGCUUCCAAGAGCCUUGACAUCGCCAGGGUCAUUGCUGGAAUGAAGGAGGGGGAGCAAAAGGUUGAGACUGCUGGGACACCAGCACCAAAGAAGGGGGCCACCAAAGGUGUCGAGUUGCGGAAGCAGUACCUUGCAACCGCUUCUGCCCUUGACCUGCCAAAAGGGCACGACUUGAGGGUGAAGCUCUUGGCGCAAAAGGUCAUUGUCGGCGACAUGAUGGAUGAGCUCAAGGAGCUUGACAUCGAUACCAUGACCGAUGGGCAGCUCCAAUCGAAGAUGGAAGCUGUGAAACGCAAGGUCCAUCUUCGAACUUUGGACUUGCAACUUGAGAAACUUCAUGUGAGCGAGUGCAAGAUGCUACAGGUCCAGCGCAAAGCUGUGGCAAGGGAGCUGGCACCAAGAUGGAUUAACUGA